AUGGGGAUGAAAGCACGCUGUCAGUGCUCCAAGAUUCAAUUCACUACCCCGACCGACAAGCCGCUGGCGCUGUACGCCUGCCAUUGCACGGAAUGUCAACACCAGAGUUCCUCAGCACACGGCAUCACCGCCAUCUUUCCCUACUUUGAGCUCCCCGAGUCAGUGUCCGACCUGGUGGGGAUUUAUACACGCCAUACUCUCAAAGGCCGAGUAAUGGAAUGUCUAUUCUGCAAGAACUGCGGUGCCCGCCUCUUGCACCGGUUCCAGGAUUCCAUGGCGGCACCGGGUGAGAAACCUGGCCCGACGGCGACUACGAAUGUGAAGGGUGGCUGUCUCGUGGAUCUGGAUAAGGAGAUGAUGAAGACGGCUGUCCAUGUGUGGACUCAACAUGCAAUCGUGGAGAUUCCGGAGGGAGUGGAGAGGUGGGAGACGGAGCCGCCACAGGCGAAUCCGCUUCAGUCGAAGCGUUAA